AGAACACAUUCUCAGUUUAGCAAUCCUAGCCUUAGGGGGGCAAAAAAAGGAGAAAGAAUUCUCCAUCCUUUGUUUUGGUGAAAGCCAAAACACUCUUAAUGCAUGGAGCUUGUGUGCAGUUGUUGUAAUUACUUGCUUUAAAAAGAUUUUUGUUUCUUCAAUAUUUUUUAGAGAGAGAAGGAAUCCAAAUUCCACAACCCUAAUUAAAUUUCCUUUGACCAAAAUGUUCCCUGCCAGUAACAGUACUGGAAACCCUCCUCCUCACCCUUCAUUAUCCUUUCACAGCUCCUCUCCCUUUCUUGGCCUCAAUGGUAACCAAAUUCUCCUUCAUCAUUACCAAAAUCAGUUAUCUUCUCAUCACUUUGCUAAGAACAUGACACUCUCAGCAAACAAUAUUAUCAACUCUCCAAAUUACCAUCAAAAUCAUAGUGAUAAUUCCUUAAGGUCAUUUCCCAUCAACAAGAAACCCAAGAAAAGAGAGAGGUUUAGUAAAAUUUUAACAUCUCAAGGUCCAAGAGAUCGGAGAGUGAGAUUGUCCAUUGCCAUUGCUCGAAAGUUCUUUGAUCUUCAAGAAAUACUAGGUUUUGACAAACCAAGCAAAACCCUUGAUUGGCUUUUCACUAACUCGAAACUAGCCAUUGAGGAGCUCGCUAAUUGGUCAACUCAUCAGGAUCAUCACCCAAAGAUUGCAGGAGCAACGAAGUCGAGCUGCAAUGAGACCGCCAAGGAUUGUGCUUCACAGUGUGAAGACCUGGCCAUAACAACAAAUGAGGGUUCGGAAAGAAAGCCCAAAAGAGCAAAAGAAAAGAAAGAAGUAAAAGAUGAGGCAACAGAUCUUGUCCUAGUUGCAAGAGAGUCAAGGGCGAAGGCAAGAGCAAGAGCUAGGGAAAGAACAAUCAAGAAAAUGUGGAGUAGAAUUGAAACUAGCCAGAGGUCAACUUCUCAGUUGAUCAGAUCUAGUUUUCACCCAAAUUUCUCUGCUCCUAUAGAGUCAUCAACUACCUACUAUGGUAGCUCUUCUUUCAACACUGAGAAUUUGGACAAGGGCACAACUUCAGAACUUCAAGGUCGCUGGAAACAAUGGGACUCAAGUCAUAGCAAUCAAAUCUAAUAUGGGAACAGUGUGGUAAAUGACUUCAGCUAUCUCUUACAACAAAGUCACAGUCCUUUCUAACAAGGCUUCUCAAAUUGGACUUUCAUGAACGCGAUCAGAGGCGGAGUUGAAGUUCUAGCUAAGGGUUUGACACA